AGUUUCUGGCAACACUGGCGCGCCUUUUUAUUUUCCCUCCAAAUGUAUUUAAUACAAAUACACACUUUACCACAAGUCAUUAGACUAAAUUAGUUAAGGUGCUUUCCAAAGUGUAACAGUAUUAACAAAAGAAAAAACAAAAAACCAAACGCCUCAAAAAAACACCUAACAUUAUGGCUGCUGUGCGCCGCUCCACCCGCUUGAGCAGCGUAAACAAAUCGACGUCGACUCUGACCGCGCUGCCGGCGUCACCGCUGCCACGACGCUCGGAAAUUUGGCGUAGACGACAGUCCCGUCCAGAUCCAGAUAGCGAGGAGGAGGAGGAGAAUGAUCGAGAUCGACAUCGAAACGAUGAUGAUGAUGAUGAUGUUGUUAGUGUAAUUUCAGAGAAUAACGAAAACAGAAAUUUGUUGAAUAAAAUGGACAAGGCGGUCGCCAGAAGGCGAUCCAAAGUGGGUAGCAAACCGGAGGCGGCGGAACCAAAGACGCCACGCAGCAGCAGCAACAGGAAGGCAUUGGCCACAGCCAGCGACGAAGAGACAAUGGGCGAUGUCUCGCCACCAAAGCAACGUAAGAAGCAACCAUUGCCACAGCAUUUGAUAAGCCCCACACGCCUCAUGAAUCGCCUGAGCAUAGACGAGCGCCCACCCUCAACCGUGGAGGAGACCAAGACUGAGCAACUGAAGAAGGUGGAGGAGGAGGAGGAUCAAGGGGUUGAGGUUGAGGUUGAGGUGCAGGUGGAGGAGGAGGUAAAACGUAAUAAAUAUCAAAAUGCACGGCGUGUCCUCAACAGCGCCGAGACACAAAAUCUACCUGGCCGCGAGCAACAAUUACAGGAGUUGCGUGAUUUCUUCACUAGCCAUUUGGAGAAGCAAAGCUCGGGCAGUUUGUAUGUAUCGGGACAGCCAGGUACUGGCAAAACAGCUUGCCUCUCCCUCCUCCUCCGUGAUACGGAACUCUCAAAACGUUUGCAGCGUGUCUACAUCAAUUGCACCAGCAUUGCCAGCGUUGGAGCUGUCUACAAGAAGCUGUGCACCGAACUGCACCUGAAGCCCACAGGGCGAACUGAACGUGAUCAUCUGGAGGCCAUACAACGACACUUGCGGACAGCCAAACGAAUGCUCCUGCUUGUGCUCGACGAGAUCGAUCAGUUGAGCACGGCCAGGCAAGCUGUCCUCUAUACGAUAUUCGAGUGGCCAGCUCUGCCAGGAGCCCGUAUACUCUUGGUUGGCAUUGCCAACAGUUUGGAUCUCACAGAUCGGACGCUGACACGUCUGAAUGCUCGAUGCGAGCUAAAGCCAAGACUGAUGCACUUUCCCCCGUAUACCAAGCAACAGAUUGUCGACAUAUUCAAGUCUCGCCUGGCCGAGGCUGAUCUGCUCGAUGUCUUUCCCCCCGUCACCCUGCAAUUGCUGGCCGCCAAAGUUAGUGCCAUCAGUGGAGAUGUGCGACGUGCUCUGGACAUUGGCAGACGUGUGGUGGAAAUAGCCGAACAACAGAAACGGGAUGGCGAAAAGGAGUUCAAUAUGAAAGCCUUGAAUUUGGAUGCGGAGCAGCAGCAACAAACUGAAGAUAUUCUCAAACCCGUACAGGUUACUCAGGUGGCAGCUGUUCUAAACAAAGUCUAUGGAGCAUCUCAGAAUCUGGAGGAGGAUAUUGAGGCAGCAUUUCCACUGCAACAGAAGCUAAUGCUUUGCUCUCUGGUGCUAAUGUUGCGCAAUGAACGCAACAAGGACAUCAGCAUGGGCAGACUCCAUGAGGUCUAUCGACGUGUGUGCAGUAAACGAAACAUCCUAGCACUCGAUCAGGCAGAAUUUGCUGGCACUGUGGAUCUGGUGGAGACUCGCGGCAUAAUACGUAUCAUGCGGAAAAAGGAGCCACGGCUGCAUAAAGUCCUACUGCAAUGGGAUGAGGGGGAGGUCCAUGCAGCACUCAGUGACAAGCAGCUAAUUGCCUCCAUAUUGAAUGACACGGCCUGUCUAGGCAAAUGAUUACAACUCUGACUCCCACCCAAUCCUCCAGCCACACAUUCACCUUGGACAACAAAUAGCAAAGAAAUCAUACAUACAAGUCUAGAUACAUACUUAUAUAUAUAUAUAGAGAGAGAGAGAGUGAAGAAGUAUAAAUAAUUUCAGUUUUUUUUUUUUUUUUGUCUUUCUAAAUUUAAAAUUCAUGGCUGGCGCACAAGCAUUAAAAAUAUUUUGAAAUAUCAUUUGAGGGUCAUUUUCAAUAUUUUGCUUCUUUAUUUUUAACAAAUUCUCAUAUUUUUUGGCUUUUAAUUGAAUCUUAAUCUUAACGUAUUUUAAUGUUCGCCCGUCCCUCUCCCCCUCAACCACUGCCUCAUUUCAUAUUUAGCUAAAAUGUUGACAUAAAACUCACAAAAAAAAAAAUGUAGAAAAAAAUCAUUUUCAUAUAUUUAUUUGAUGUUUUAGUCUUUAGCAAUCUAAGAAUAAAUAUAGUGAAAGCCAAUUAA